UGCGCUGCGGUCCGCCCGCCGGCGCGCGGGGGCCUGGCGGGGGCGGGGCGGGCCGCCUUGCCGCCCGGCUCUCUGGCCGACGCCUGGCGCUCCAGAGCAACCACGGCCACCAUCCUGUCGCCAUGGGCCCCGGGCCGCGAGCGGCGCUGAGCCUGCUGCUCCUUCUGCUUGCGCCGCCGAGCCGCCCGGCCGAGGGCUGCCCCACGCCGUGUGGCUGCGCGGGGACACGCGUGGACUGCGGGCGCCGCGGGCUCACGUGGGCCACGCUGCCGGCCGCCUUCCCGCCGGACACUACCGAGCUGGUGCUGACGGGAAACAACCUGACGGCGCUGCCGCCCGGGCUGCUGGACGCGCUGCCCGUACUGCGCGCCGCGCACCUGGGCGCCAACCCCUGGCGCUGCGACUGCCACCUGGUGCCGCUUCGCGCCUGGCUGGCCGGCCGGCCCGAGCGAGCGCCCUACCGCGACCUGCGCUGCGCCGCGCCCCCUGCGCUGCGCGGCCGCCUGCUGCCCUACCUGGCGGAGGACGAGCUGCGCGCCGCGUGUGCGCACGGCGCGCUCUGCUGGGGGGCGCUGGGGGCGCAGCUCCUGCUACUCGGCCUCGGGCUGCUGCACGCCCUGCUCCUGGCGCUGCUGCUGUGCCGCCUGCGGAGGCUCCGCGCCCGCUCCGCGCAUUCGUUGUCGCUGACCUCCCCGCUGGUGGCGGAGCCGGCCGGAGCCAGCGAGUCGUGAGAGGAGCGGACUGGCGCUGGGCGACACGGGCCGGCCAACUCUGCAGGUCCCCGCCCCAAGGAGCCCUCGCCCUAACUGGACCGUUCUCAUCCGCCGCCCAGGCACAAUCCCCCAGACCACGCCACCCCCUGCAGGCCCCGGUGCAUGUGGGCCCGGCUGCUUGCUGCACGCCCACCGCUAGCCAGGCCAGGUGACGCCCCAGACGCUCCGGCAGGUCCGGGGGCCAACUGCCGCCCACACCCUGCGGAGCCGCCACGCCAAACUCCAGCGCGGAAUAAACCCUUCUCCCCAUC